GAUUGGUCUGAGGUUAUCGAUAAAAAAGAUUUGUCUAAGUUUGCCUCUAAAAUGGUGUCUCAAAAGCCCAAAAUUGUUAUAAUUGGGGCAGGAAUUGCUGGUCUAACAGCAGCUAAAAAGCUCUACACAACACAAAACUCAAAUGAACUAUUUGAGCUUUGUGUUGUAGAAGGUGGAAACAGAAUUGGUGGAAGAAUUUUCACUACUGAGUUUUGUGGUGAUAGAGUUGAAAUCGGUGCAACUUGGAUUCAUGGAAUUGAAGGAAAUCCAAUAUACAAAAUUGCUCAAGAAAUCAAUGGAUUUGAAACUGAUAAGCCAUGGGAUAGUAUGGGAGGUAAAGUCGAUAAAAAAGUGACUAUAACAGAAGAUGGACAUGAGGUACAUUCAUCCUUUGUUAACUCGGUAUCAAAUUUUUUCAGUAAUCUGUUGGAGUUUUCAUCAGAUGAAGGGGAUUUUGAUGGUGGGGUUGGUAGAAAGAUUGUUGAAAGCUUGAAUCUUGAAGAAAAUGGUGGUGUUGAUAAGAUAAGUAUGGGUUCUUAUCUUAGAAAAGGGCUCAAAUUUUACUGGGGUUUAAAGAAAGAUCAAGAAAAUGUCGAAAGCUUCAAUAUUGAUUCUGAUGGUAUUGAAAAAGAUCAAGAAAAUGUUGAAAACUUCAAUCUUAAAAGUGGUGGUGUUGAAAAUGAUCAAGAAAAUGUUGAAAACUUCAAUCUUGAAAGUGGUGGUGUUGAAAAUGAUCAAGAAAAUGUUGAAAGCUUCAAUAUUGACGAUAGUGGUAUUGAAAAAGAUCAAGAUAAUGUUGAAAGCUUCAAUCUUGACGAUGGUGGUGUUGAGAAAGAUCAAGAAAAUGUAGAAAGCUUCAAUCCUGACGAUAGUCGUAUUGAAAAAGAUCAAGAUAAUGUUGAAAGCUUCAAUCUUGAACAUGGUGGUGUUGAAAAUGAUCAAGAAAAUGUUGAAAGCUUCAAUAUUGACGAUAGUGGUAUUGAAAAAGAUCAAGAUAAUGUUGAAAGCUUCAAUCUUGAACAUGGUGGUGUUGAAAAUGAUCAAGAAAAUGUUGAAAGCUUCAAUAUUGACGAUAGUGGUAUUGAAAAAGAUCAAGAUAAUGUUGAAAGCUUCAAUCUUGAACAUGGUGGUGUUGAAAAUGAUCAAGAAAAUGUUGAAAGCUUCAAUAUUGACGAUAGUGGUAUUGAAAAAGAUCAAGAUAAUGUUGAAAGCUUCAAUCUUGAACAUGGUGGUGUUGAAAAUGAUCAAGAAAAAGUUGAAAGCUUCAAUCUUGACGAUGGUGGUAUUGAAAAAGAUCAAGAAAAUGUUGAAAGCUUCAAUCUUGACGAUGGUGGUAUUGAGAAAGAUCAAGAAAAUGUUGAAAGCUUAAAUCUUGAAAGUGGUGGCAUUGAGAAAGAUGGAGAAAAUGUUGAAGUUUUUGAAAAUUGGAGUAGAAAAGCACUUGAAGAAGGUAUUUUUGCUAUGUUUGAGAAUAUACAUAGGCAUUAUUCAUCAGCUGGUGAUUUAGGUACUUUAGAUUUCAAUGAAGAAAGUGAGUAUUGUAAUUUUCCUGGAGAUGAAAUAACAAUAGCCAAAGGGUAUUCAUCUGUUGUUGAAUCUUUGGCUUCUGUUUUACCACCUGGUUUGAUCCAACUAGGUCGAAAAGUUUCGAAAAUUGAAUGGCAAUUGGAAAAUAGUGAUGGUAAUAAGCCAGUGAAGUUGCAUUUUAGUGAUGGAUCAGCUAUGUAUGCUGAUCAUGUCGUUGUUACAGUCUCAUUAGGAGUCCUAAAACAAGGAAUUCGCGAGGACUCGAGUCUUUUUAGUCCUCCCCUUCCUAAGUUCAAGACUGAAGCAAUUGCAAGACUUGGUUUUGGUGUUGUUGAUAAGGUGUUCUUACAACUUAGCCCAACUCAUCAUGAAAAUGUUGGCUAUGAUGGGUUGAAUUUCCCUAACAUGAUGAUGGUUUUUCAUCAGCCAGACUCGAAACUGAAGAACCCGAAAAUCCCCUUGUGGAUUAGGAGGACUACACUUACACAUCCAGUUUAUCCAGAGUCAAGGGUUGUGGUAUCAUGGUUUGCAGGUGAAGAAGCUAUGAAGGUUGAAACUCUUGAUGAUGAGGAGAUCAUCGAGGGGGUCUCGAUAACAAUGUCAGAGUUUCUAGCAAACACAGAGCAUUUCAAGAAUUCCAUCAAGUUUAGUAAAGUUUUGAAGUGCAAAUGGGGUACUGAUCCAUUGUUUUUGGGAUCAUAUACUCAUAUAGCUGUUGGAUCAAGUGGAAAUGAUUUGGAUGCUAUGGCUGAACCAUUGCCUAAAGAGAUUAGUGAUGAUAAAAAUUCGAAGAAGAGUCCUCGACUUCAAGUUUUAUUUGCAGGUGAAGCAACAAGUAGAAAUUACUAUUCAACAACUCAUGGUGCUUAUCUUACUGGUCUUAGAGAAGCUAAUAGGCUUCUUGAGCAUUUUCAAUGUGUUGAUGUCUGAAAAAAGAUUGUUCUUGUUUGUUUGUUUGUCUUGUUAUUGUUUUUCAUAUUCAUUUGGAAUUGGGUGUUUGUUAUACUCUUUCUGUAUGAUGGGAAUUUGAAAGAGUAAAGGGAACUAAAGAAGCUUUUCAUUUUGUAUUGUUUUAAUUCCUUUCUA